CUCAUAAUUCAACUUCCACGGAUCCGUGUAUAUAAAGAGAGGCGCAUAUAUGCAAUAACGAACCACAUACAGAAGAGAGUGAGGCUUCAAUAACUGAUUGAGAAAUGGCUUAUUACAACUCUCUUCUCUAUUUCUGUAUUAUCUUCUUCAUAUUCAACUUCAAUACGAUUGUUACUGAAGGAAUUGGGCAUGCUCCAGCUGUUAUUGUAUUUGGAGACUCGCUUGUUGAUGUGGGUAACAAUAAUCACUUAGAGUUUUCCAUUCUUAAAUCUAACUAUGCUUAUAAUGGUGUCGAUUAUCCAAAUCGGAAAGCAACUGGAAGGUAUAGCAAUGGAAAGAAUGCUGCUGAUUUCUUUGCUGAGAAUUUAGGAUUAGCGACAUCGCCACCGUAUCUCUCCAUUAAAUCAGCUUCGAACAAGGUCAAGGUGUUGCUCGAUCAGGGUGGAAUCAAUUUUGCAUCAGGCGGAGCCGGAAUCUUCAAUGAAACAUUAAACAAACUUUUUAAACAAUCCAUCUCACUCAAUGAACAGAUAGCAAAUUUUAGAACAGUGCAUGGAGAGCUCAUGCAACAAUUAGGAACCGUUCAAGCACAAACAUACUUGGCAAAAUCUGUGUUUCUUAUUGUAAUUGGUAGCAACGACAUUCUUGACAAAUUCCAACUUGGUGAUCAUCAGUUCAUAAACUCGUUGAUGGUUAUACUGAAAAGCAAGUUGAAGACAAUUUACAAUCUUGGUGCACGCAAAUUUGCCGUGGUUGGACUCGGUCUGAUAGGUUGUUGUCCAAAACUAAGGAGCGAUAACCCUAAGGGGGAGUGCAAUGAGCGAGCAAAUUACUGGUCUGUUCAGUACAACAAAGCUGUUAAAUCACUCUUGCAAGAACUCAAAGAAGAGCUUACAGAUAUUCACUAUUCCUUAAUAAACACUUACGAUAUCAUGGUUGAUUUCUUACAACAACCAGCUCAUUAUGGGUUCACUGAGGUAAAAUCCGCAUGUUGUGGAGGGGGGAAAUUUAGAGCACAAGUUCCAUGCCUACCAAUAACAGCGUACUGUAAGAAUAGAAGAGGCCAUAUAUUUUGGGAUCUAUACCAUCCAACAGAAGCGGCUGCCAAAAUAAUUAUGAAUGAAUUCUUUUUGGGUACAGAAAAGUACGUCUACCCUGUGAAUGUGAAGCAAUUACUGGAGAUAUAAAUGGAAUUGACUACUAAAAGAAAAUGUAAUUCAAUACGUGAUCAUUUUACAUGUUAUGAAAAGAAAGAAUAAAGUUUGUAUGGAGAACCAACCUGAAAUAGCCACGGUGGCAAUUGUGGGGUCGAACUCUCAAGUUACAUGUUAAAGGUUUGAUUCCUCGGUUGUCCAAAUUUAAAAUAAUAUAUAGAGAGAGAGAUAAAGAAUGUAUUUAUGUGUUGUGUUAUGAGACUCAGAGUCGGGAGUCGAGACUGAUUUAUAGGUGAUUGAUAAUUGUGAAAGCGUAUUUUACUAUGAAACAUCAUCUGAUUACUGAA